AAUUGUAAAAAAAAAAAGAAAAACCGAGAAAAUGAUCCCCGACUAAACUGAACCCGCAAACAGAUGAGAAAGAUAGAUAGAGAGAUUAAGUUUGUUUAUUGAAAGCGCUAUUGGGUUGAUCCCAACGAUGAACACGGAAGAUGCAUCUCCGGCAGCCACCAUAACACGGUGGAAGUUCGAGUUAUCACGCCGGUACCAACACAUUCUCGACAAAUCAACGCCGCACAUUGGUCAACGAUGGUUAGGCUCUCUCAUGGUUGCUUUGAUUUACGUGCUUCGCGUUUACAUGGUUCAAGGCUUCUACGUCGUUUCCUACGGUCUCGGCAUUUACAUCCUCAAUCUCUUGAUCGGAUUCCUUUCGCCUCAGGUUGAUCCAGAGAUUCUUGAUGCUGAUCAUGGCCCUUCCUUACCUACCUCCGGUUCGGAUGAGUUUCGUCCCUUCGUUCGUCGUCUCCCUGAGUUCAAGUUCUGGUACUCAAUCACGAAGGCAUUUUGUAUUGCAUUUGUGAUGACUUUCUUUAGUGCGUUUGAUGUCCCAGUGUUCUGGCCAAUACUCCUCUUCUACUGGGUGGUCCUAUUCACACUUACUAUGAGGAGACAGAUAUCUCACAUGAUCAAGUAUAAAUAUGUACCAUUCUCGUUUGGAAAGCAGCGCUAUGAUCGGAAGAGAACAUCGGCAGAAAGCAAAAGCCUUUCAGAUGACUGAUUUUUCAGGUUAAAUGGAACUUCAUUUGCUUCAUUUAGUCACAGAACCACAUCUAGCUUGAUAUCAUUUGCAGUAAAUUUUGGCAGCAGGAGCAACAUGAAGAUGUGAUCGCUGCCGAAAGAGGUUACUUUUUGGUCUAGUGUGGACAACUGGAAAUUCAAUUCCCAGUUUUAAAAUUGUUAGAUUUUGGACUUCCUGGAAUUUUUUUAAACCUAGUAAAGGAUUUAGAUUUUGGUGGUAAAAUAUUGGGAUUUACAUCAGUUCUCUAUCUCAAUUCCUCUACCUUUAUUUUCUAUAUCUGUAUAGGUGGGCAAUGCAUCUUAUUCUUGAAUUCUUAUUCAAAUAACGAAUUUUAGGUAGUUUGAGUAGAGUGAAUCCCCUUCAGCAUUUGCAAUGCCCUUGUACUGAUGUAGUUUGAAAGUAGUUUUGUUGGUACCAUUUGCUUUGGAAAUUCACGUCGCAAACUUGACCUGUUUCUCUUUAAGAAAUAAACGAAGGUAAAUGCUUUCCUUACA